AUGGGCCGUGUCCGGGAGCGGGACGGGAAAGCCGCGGACGUGCAGCCUGCCGGAGCGCGCGUUCCGUUUCUGCCGUGCCGAAACGACGCGAGGGAGUUGCAGCAGAGGUUCAUGACGGGGAAGGGGCUGGUCAUCUACCCGGAGAUCGGGGAUAAACUGGACAUCAUCUGCCCCAAGGCGGAGCCGUCCAAGCCUUACGAGUACUACAAGCUGUACCUGGUGAAGAAGGACCAGGCAGAUGCCUGCAGCACCGUCAUGGACCCCAACGUGCUGGUGACGUGCAACCGGCCCGAGCAGGAGAUCCGCUUCACCAUCAAGUUUCAGGAGUUCAGCCCCAACUACAUGGGCCUCGAGUUCAAGCGGCAGCAGGAUUACUUCAUCACAUGCGUCGCAGGGCAUUUCUCGCAGGGCUUCGCCCUGGGGAGCGCCCGGUGGGGCAUUCGGGGUCUGGGGGGACGGGGACCGAGGAGAUGCUCGGCCUCCGGCCUGGGCGCUGCCUCCGAGAGCAGCGGGAAGAUGCAAUUAGACUUAACCUGGCAGGAGCUGCUCGUUGUAAACCGUCGCUGGCUCGGCGACGCGGGCUUUGUCCCCGGGCCCGUCGACAUCAGCGUUUUCCUGUAG